UCAUGAAGGUGAGGGCAUCAGUGAAGAAGUUAUGUGAGUUCUGCAGAUCUGUGAGACGCCGUGGUAAGGUUUAUAUUUUGUGCUCGUCCAAUCCUAAACACAAGCAGCGGCAAGGGAUGUCAACUCUGGCAUAUGAAGGUCUACCAUCUCCUCCGCCUUUGGAAGGUAGCUUAAAGAAAGAAAGCUUUGGUGCUGAAAAUGGCGGUAUAGGUCUAGCUUCAAUUCUUUCAAAUUCAUGAAUGAUGUCCUUUUGGCUUUCUAAUUUGAGCAGAGCUGAUGUAAUCGAGAAUCAUAUCAAGGGAAUGACAGAUUAAGUGAUCAAAUAUGUUUCGAAGUUGUUAACAUUGGUGAAGCCAUAUAAUGCAAUCAUGGUCAUUAUACACUAUGUUUGGCUUGUAAUCAUGCAUAAAUAAUAAAUCUGUUCUAGAAAUUUACCAUCUC